UUUCCCUAUGUAUUCAUACUUCCUCAAAUUGAGUUAAAUGGAUAAACAAAAUGAAUGCAACAUUCCAGGAAUCCAUGUUCAUCAAAUGAAAGAGAUCGAAGAACAAUAUCAGUUAUUGAAUCAUGAACGAUCACGUAUCAAUGAAGAAUUGGCACAGGAGAAGGCAGAUGAAGAACAAAUAAACCAGAAACUAACGAGGUUUUCGUACCUUGAUAAGCUAAUAGAAUGGAAGAUGUUGGAAAUUGAGAAUAUUGAACAUUGGGAUCCAGAUUAUAGACUCGGGCUUGGUUUUCCAUGUGGUUUUCCAUCAACAAGAAAAGGUGGAAAAGAUGUUAAAACAACAGUAAGACCAGAUCUGAAAUGUUGCCGGAAAUGGCUUGUCAAGAAAGGGAGGAUGGACAUCAGUUAUUUGGAAGAAGUUCUAGAAGAACAUAUCUGUUCAAUGAAAUCGAGUGACAUGACAUAUAGUGGCACGCUAGAACUUAGCGAUAUGAUGGAGGGCAUGGCGCAAAGGAUCCAACAUGGAAACAAGAAACGAGCAGACGAAAUGAAAAUUUUUAAAAAAAUAAGCAACUUCUUGGAGACAAAAGAAAGUUUCAUUGAACCAGAAUCCCACCCUCAGUGGUCACCAAGAAGAUCAAAGCGAGAUACGGAUUAUAAUCUAUAUAGAAGGCAUCAUAAACUAAGUAUUUUGUUGGAAGACGCUGACACACUAAAGAGGGAACAAAACGAACGUCAAGCAAAAGCUAAAAGUCUUAAAGCCGAGUUGCAAUAUGUGAGAAAGAAGAUCAAUUAUUUAAACAACCAGCUUGAAAAUGUUGAUUCAAAGAUACUCAAAGCCUAUAAACACGGCAACCAGCUUCGAGACCAAAAGAAGUAACAAUCAAGAUGUGAUCUUUGAUGGUCGUGACUUGUGAAUGUUUGGUUUGAUAGGUCCAUGAGGUAAUUGAACUAUUUAAUACAAAGCAAAUAAAAUUGGUAAAUUUGUUACAUGUUCAUCGAAUUGAUGUUUUUAUGUUGGAAAUGUAUUUUUUUUAUUAUUCCUAUCUUGUAAUUUUCAAUUUACAUACUAUGUACAUGUCUAUUUAUAAUCAUUUGAAUUGCACGUUUCAUGAACAAA